GCAGAGUGGCUCAGCGCGCCCGUGACGGAAAGACUAGGGGUGGGGUGCGCGACCUCGCCCGCCCGGCCCGGCCCGGCCCCCGCCCCUUGGCCUGCUGCUCCGCCCCCGCGGGGCGUCCCGGGCCGCUAGUCCCUCGGCGGCGGCCGCGCGCGCGGCCCGGGGUCGCCCAGCAGAAACCAAGCAGCAACAGCCCUUGGAGAGAGGCUAAAUUUUUCUUGACUUCUGCAGCAACAAAGACCUUGAACAAGUCAGUACUGCUGGCCUACAUUGCCAUCAUCCUACUGCUCACCCCAAGACAACAUAAGCUGGAUAUUAAUACCGCCUGCUUUACUCCUCUGCGAUCAUCAAGAUCAGCACGUGACUGUUUAUCUUCAAAUCUCACAAACCCAGCCCCUAGAUCUUCAUAUUCUGGUUCUCAGCUGCUCUUGAAGGUAUCCAUUGAUUGAUUGAUUGAUUCAUUCAUUCAAGAUAUAUGUUAAGGGACUGAAAAUAUAGACCAGUGAUUUUCAACAGUGUGCCACAGCAUACUAGUGUGCCAUUGAGAGGAUUUUAAGUGUGCCAGAAAAAUUUUAAAGAUCAUUAACUAAAUUAUUUUUGAGAGAAGUUUAAAGCACAGACAUUGCCUUGUUACCACCACAACAGCAGAGCCUGCCAUCCCCAGCAGUUCUCCAAUUGCCCCUGACGUCUCCCUUUUUGGCUUCCUAAAUGCCCAUGUUAUUGGCCUGGGUUCAGCUGGUGGUAUGGAGGGGUGCUGCCUAGCACUAACCUGAGAGUGUGUGUGACCCACUGACCCAAUGGACAUCAAAGGCCAGUUCUGGAAUGAUGAUGAUUCGGAGGGAGAUAAUGAAUCAGAAGAAUUUCUCUAUGGAGUUCAGGGGAGCUGUGCAGCUGACCUGUAUCGACACCCACAGCUUGAUGCAGACAUUGAAGCUGUGAAGGAGAUCUACAGUGAGAACUCUGUAUCCAUCAGAGAAUAUGGAACUAUCGAUGACGUGGACAUUGACCUCCACAUCAACAUCAGCUUCCUCGAUGAGGAAGUCUCUACAGCCUGGAAGGUCCUCCGUACAGAACCCAUUGUGUUGAGGCUACGAUUCUCUCUCUCCCAGUACCUUGAUGGACCAGAACCAUCAAUUGAGGUUUUCCAGCCAUCGAAUAAGGAAGGGUUUGGGCUCGGUCUUCAGUUGAAAAAGAUCCUGUGUAUGUUUACAUCUCAACAAUGGAAACAUCUGAGCAACGAUUUCUUAAAGACCCAGCAAGAGAAGAGGCACAGUUGGUUCAAGGCAAGUGGUACUAUCAAGAAAUUCCGAGCUGGCCUCAGCAUCUUCUCACCCAUCCCCAAGUCUCCCAGUUUCCCUAUCAUACAGGACUCAAUGCUGAAAGGCAAACUAGGUGUACCAGAGCUUCGAGUUGGGCGCCUCAUGAACCGUUCCAUCUCCUGCACCAUGAAGAAUCCCAAAGUGGAGGUGUUUGGCUACCCUCCCAGCCCCCAGGCAGGUCUCCUGUGCCCCCAGCACUUGGGCCUCCCUUCCCCAGCACGGACCUCUCCUUUGGUCAGUGGUCACUGCAAGAACAUCCCCACUCUGGAAUAUGGAUUCCUUGUCCAGAUCAUGAAGUAUGCAGAGCAGAGGAUUCCAACAUUGAAUGAAUACUGUGUGGUGUGUGAUGAGCAGCAUGUCUUCCAGAACGGUUCCAUGCUCAAGCCAGCUGUCUGUACUCGUGAACUGUGUGUCUUCUCCUUCUACACACUGGGUGUCAUGUCUGGAGCUGCAGAAGAGGUGGCUACUGGAGCAGAGGUGGUGGAUCUGCUGGUGGCCAUGUGUAGGGCAGCUCUGGAGUCCCCUAGAAAGAGCAUCAUCUUUGAGCCUUAUCCCUCCGUGGUGGACCCCACAGAUCCCAAGACUCUGGCCUUUAAUCCUAAGAAGAAGAAUUACGAGCGGCUUCAGAAAGCCCUGGAUAGUGUGAUGUCCAUUCGGGAGAUGACCCAGGGCUCAUAUUUGGAAAUCAAGAAGCAGAUGGACAAGUUGGAUCCCCUGGCCCAUCCUCUCCUACAGUGGAUCAUCUCUAGCAACAGGUCACACAUCGUCAAACUACCUCUCAGCAGGCAGCUGAAGUUCAUGCACACCUCACACCAGUUCCUCCUGCUGAGCAGCCCUCCUGCCAAGGAGGCUCGGUUCCGGACCGCCAAGAAGCUCUAUGGCAGCACCUUUGCCUUCCAUGGGUCCCACAUUGAGAACUGGCAUUCGAUCCUGCGCAAUGGGCUGGUCAAUGCAUCCUACACCAAACUGCAGCUGCAUGGAGCAGCCUAUGGCAAAGGCAUCUACCUGAGCCCCAUCUCCAGUAUUUCCUUUGGAUACUCAGGAAUGGGAAAAGGACAGCACAGGAUGCCCUCCAAGGAUGAGCUGGUCCAGAGAUAUAACAGGAUGAAUACCAUCCCUCAGACCCGAUCCAUUCAGUCAAGAUUCCUACAGAGUCGGAAUCUAAACUGUAUAGCACUUUGUGAAGUGAUUACAUCCAAGGACCUCCAGAAGCAUGGGAACAUCUGGGUGUGCCCUGUAUCUGACCAUGUCUGCACACGGUUCUUCUUUGUAUAUGAGGAUGGUCAGGUGGGCGAUGCCAACAUAAAUACUCAGGACCCCAAGAUACAGAAGGAAAUCAUGCGUGUGAUCGGAACUCAGGUUUACACAAACUGAGGGGGCCCCAGCCCUCGUACCAUCCCUGUUCCCCCAAGAUCCAUCUGCCCUCAUAAAAGGGCUCAGGUGCAGCAGGUGAGGCUGCCCUGAGGAAUCAAGGGGCUGUAACCAAGGAGGCAUAAAAAGGAUAGAAGAGGUGGCCUUCAUGCUGGAGCUUGACCCAAGAACCUCUCCAUGUUUGGAUGGCAUCAGAUGAGAGAUGGCCCAGACUGACUCCAACCCCUGAUUUUCCCAGUUGACUUCACCCUGUUUGUAAAUAAAACAAUAAAAUGGAAGGUGCUGUGGACUGGA